UUGCACGAAAUACGACUGCUGCGCAGAAGUAAGCAAAAAGUCGAAGAAAAAAGAGCAAAAGAAAAAUUUUAAAUUUAAAUACAAAGAAAGAAUAAAGCAAAAAAAAUGUCGAUUGUUCCACUGCUGAGUUUGGCACGCGAUCUCGAAAGUGCUUACAACGACUGGGAUCAUUUGUUGGACGAUGACUUCGGAUAUGGAGUACACGCUCACGAACUGUUCCAUCGUUCACCGCGUCCUUUGAUGCCACACCAGCUGCAACUGCAUCGUCGCCGCUCUCAUUUCAAUCCCUACGACCGCCAUCAUCAUCAUCCGCUGGCGUUGCGUCGUCGUGGCUCCUCUGGCGGCGGUCAAAAUGCUCUGCUGCCCGUGAUUGGCAAGGAUGGUUUCCAGGUGUGCAUGGAUGUGGCCCAAUUCAAGCCGAGCGAACUGUCUGUCAAAGUGGUGGACAAAACCGUCAUUGUCGAGGGCAAACACGAGGAGCGGGAGGAUGGACACGGCUUGAUUCAGCGUCAUUUUGUGCGUAAAUAUACCUUACCCAAGGACUACAAUGCCAACGAUGUCGUCUCGACGGUCUCCUCGGAUGGGGUGCUCACGUUGAAGGCGCCUCCGCCACCCAACAAGGAGCAGGCCAAGCAGGAACGCAUCGUCCAAAUUCAACAAACUGGACCGGCUCACUUAAACGUCAAGGCGCCAGAGGGCGCCACCAACGCCAAAGACAAAGGCGAAAAUGGCGCAACUGAGAAAAUGGAGACCGGCAAAUAGAACAGCGACAACGAAUAUGCAUAGAGGAGAGAACGAUUGAAAACGAAGUGUGCCACGCUGUUCGGAGAGUGCAAGACUAAAAAGAAACUCGGACACACGCAUGCAUACAUUAACACAUACACAUCACACUAACACUAGCAUUAAGACAUUUAUAACUGGCAUUUUAUUAAUGUUCAAUUUCCAGUUCCUGUGCACUUUAAAACUACAGUCCAUCCAUGUAAAUUCACUUAAUUUCAUUCAAGAUUAAGAACAGCGGGUGCACUUCAUUGUAUCAUCGUAUUUAUAUUUGUUUCAAUUGCUAAGAUCGAAUAAAGAUAAAGAUAAACAUAAAUAAAUACCUA